AUGACUCCGGCGAGACGAUAUUUAAGGGGCUCAUGCGGAUUUUGCAGAUCUAAAUCACUUAACUCUGCUCGAUCGGGCCUUGCUCCACGCACCCAAUGCUUCAGCAUGUCUACAGAAUCUAGCCCUCCAAAAUUCCCUUUCUCUCGCCCAUCUGAGGCUAUACCCCCUCUUGAGUAUGCGAAACUCAGGGCCACAAAUCCCGUUUCUCGAGUUACACUCUGGGACAACAGUCACCCAUGGCUUGUGGUCAAACAUAAGGACAUCUGCAGCGUCCUUACUGAUCAACGUUUGUCCAAGCAACGCACCCGCCCAGGUUUCCCUGAAAUGAAUCCUGGAGGGAAGCAAGCUGCUAAAAACCGCCCGACUUUCGUUGAUAUGGACCCUCCCGAACACAUGCAUCAGAGGAAUAUGGUUGCGUCCCUUUUCACCAGGAAGAAUUCUGAGACAAUGCGUCCGCAUAUUAAAGCCAUUGCCGAUAUUCUCCUGGAUGAAAUGAUCCAACACGGCUGUGAAAAUCCCGUAGAUUUGGUUGAGAAGUUUGCUCUGCCCCUCCCAUCCUAUAUCAUAUACGGAAUUUUAGGGGUUCCGGAGCAUGACCUUGCGUAUCUCACCAAUUGUAAUGCUAUUCGCAGUAAUGGAAGUUCUACCGCUGCAGCUGCGGCUAAUGCUAACAAGGAACUCCUGGAUUACAUCGGAAAUUUGGUCAAUAAACGACUUGAAAAACCAGAGAAUGACAUGAUUAGCAAGUUGGUUGUCGAACAGCUUAAACCGGGGCAUAUUGACAGGCUAGAUGCCGUCCAAAUCGCAUUCUUGAUGCUGGUCGCUGGAAAUGCGACCUUAGUCAACAUGAUUUGUCUCGGCGUCGUAACUCUUCUCCAGAACCCGAGUCAACUGGCAGACCUCAAAGCCAAUCCGUCUCUCGCGCCCCAGUUUGUUGAGGAACUUUGCCGCUUCCACACGGCUUCUGCUAUGGCCACAAGACGAGUUGCUAAAGAGGAUAUCACCCUUGGUGGCCAACUCAUAAAAGCAGGGGAAGGCAUAAUUGCUGCCACCCAAUCCGGCAACCGAGAUGAAGAAGUCUUCCCCAACCCAGACGUCUUCGAUAUGUACCGUAAGAGGGGAUCUGAGACGGCCCUUGGCUUUGGGUAUGGCGAACACACUUGUGUCGCUGAGUGGUUGGCUCGUACUGAGAUGGAAGUUGUUUUUGCAACGUUGUUCCAACGACUUCCAAAUCUGAAGCUUGGGAUCCCGCAAUCCGAAAUCAAGUAUACCCCCGCAGAUCAAGACGUUGGCAUAACUGAGCUCCCAGUUGUCUGGUAG